UUCUACCGUCUGACAGUCGUCAAAAAUGGUGUAAACACAACAGAGCCUCGUGCACAGGCUUAUCAGUGGUAAUCGCCGAAAAUAGCAUCGAUUCUCUCUGGUUUUUUUAUGGCAGUAUCGCCGUCAGUGGUUUCCUAUUUCGUUUCGGAAUGGACUUUUAGCGCGUCCCGAUGAUAUUUGUUUUAUAAACGCCAAGAAAACAAUGGCAAACUACUGGGUAUGCGCGGCCUUGUUCAGGUUCCUCAUGCCCUUCUUGAUGGGAACAAGCAUAAUAUUUCGCCCCACGUUGAUAUCGGCCUUGUACUUCCUGCUGACGUGUUACCUCCCGUUCGUGCCCGUACCGACAGAGGCGUCGAUCAAGGGGCACACCGGCAUCUAUUUAAACGUUUUGGUGGCCGUGUCUACCGUAACGGCCUUGACCCAAUUGGGCUUCCAGAUCGCCCUGUUCGCGAUGCCCCCCUACGCUCACUUCCUGAAGGACUGCGAGUUCUUGGAGAAGGUCCUGCGCCACGUGGGCUUCGUCAGACUGAACGGGGUCUCCCUCGUGGACGCAUUCACUUGGAUCUCCCCCGAGCCGAUCAUGCUAAUCACCUCCGUGGUGUUUCUGGUGCUGUUGAAGAGGCUGAUCGUGCCUCCCGACGAUUGCCCCGAGCAAUCGCAAUUGGUGCGUCUCUCCAGUGAAGCGUUGAGGAAGGAGAACGAGACCAAGGCGAGGAAAAAGUAUAUCUCGUUUUUCGUGGGCGUCGGCAAAUACGGAGUGUUGGUGACUCUGUGUCUGGCCGGCGUGCUGAGACCGUCCGUCCUCGGCGGCCUCUACUUCCUGGUAUUCCUGUCCGUCGCGACGUGGUGGGCAUGCUGUAGAAGUUUGCGCCGCGGCUUCGCCAUACUGAUGUGCUGCCUGUUACCUUUUGUCUUUUGUCACAUGUGCGCCCUCUACGCUUACCAGUUCCAAUGGCCGCAGGAACUUUUGGACAAGAACACAACCUACGCUCGUUACUUCGGGCUGACGCCCCUCAGGGUGUCCAGCUGUGAGGACGGCGCCGAUCCCCGAACAUUCUCGUUCGAAAUGGCCGAAUGGGCAUCGUACGUCAAUCCGUUUGCCCUCUACUGGCUGUUUUAUCUGUCGGUUCUCGUCGUCAAAGAACUACUGCGGCCGGACUUGGUUAAGAAACAGGGAGCGUUUACGCGCCUGGACGGCAGUCUCAGAGGUCGUCUCGGUCGGCAAAUGUCCGACAAGAUGACAAAAAAACAACUGAUGCGUUCGGUCACGACGCGCCACAAGUGGCAGAGCGCCACUCGCAAAGUUCGAGAUCGCACCGAGAAAACGAAAGAGGUCACAGAACCUAACGAAACGACUCCACUCAUGAGGGGAGUAAGUCCGUCUUGGAGGCACGGCUCGAGCAAGAGGAGUGGGAUCACCCAAGACUCGAUAGGCAGCGUGACAGUCGACGGGGAGAACACCGAAGAAAUUCCGAUGAACGAGAUGGGUGCUUCAGAAGAAGACGGUGGGUACACCCUGGUCGAAAAUGUCAUUUACAUUUUGGAGACGAUCCUGGAAUUAAUCAUCAAAGUGUCUUACUUGGGUACGAACAUCAUAAUGAUGGCGUGGAGCAUAACCUACAUCAGUUGGAUAACGUUCGUCCUUCUGAUAUGGGCGAACCUCAUAUGGCUCGUGCCGAACCAAAGAAAGAGCAUGCUGCAAUCGAGCCCGUUCUUGGUGUUUUACGCGUGGUUCCUCCUCCUCUCCGCUUACGUCUACUCGAUGAAUUUAACGGAGGAGGAGUUACCGUCGUCGAUCAAAGGGUUCAACCUGCAGCAGAUCGGAUUCGCCAAGGUGCUCGUUUUACCCUGCAACCCUUUACUCGUAAAAUGUUUAUACACCACCAUGUUUUGGAUCACCCUUAGGCAGUACAUGCAGGAGAGGUUGUUGGAGAGGCAGAGUAACGCCUUGGCGGACAUGGUCGCCCCGUUGCAGGUCACGGUCGGCGCCGCCACCUCCGGUGCGGCCGAGUCGGAAAAGAAACAGACCAAAGUGAUGGACGUGAUAGGCGUGUACCUGAAGAAGUUUCUGACGAAAUUUUGGAUAUGGGUGGUCGCCAUUACCUUGUUUGCGGUGGCCAUAACGGGUCAGAGGAUGACCGGUUUUAGGAUCGUUUAUAUGGCCCUCUUUUUGAUAUUCAUCUUGUCUUUCCAGCUGUCGUUUACGAUCUGGCGCAAGAUGAUGUUCGGUUUUUGGUUGAUCGUCAUCAUUUUCUCGAUGAUGGUGCUGGUGAUGACGUACACGUACCAGUUCGAUAACUUCCCCGACUACUGGACUGAAUAUCUUCACGUCAAAAAGGAACAGCAACUCGACAUUGGUUUGGAAAAAUUCGAGACCAAACAGCUGUUCGUCCGGCUGGUCACCCCUACUUUUUUCGUCAUCAUAACCGUCGUCCAGCUCCAUUACUUCCACAAAGAUUUCAUGGAGCUCUCCGAUCCGAGAAAAAGCAACUUCGUCGACGGAGACGUCGAUGACGACGCCCUCAACGAGAGUUCCAUGCAGGGCGGCUCGGUGAUCGAGAAGAGCGACAAGGAGGACCUCACCUCUUCGUCGUACAAAUACGAACUCAGUGAGCUAAAUGAUUUAACAUUCAAAGAAUUCCUGGAGAAGUGGCUGUCGAGACUCCACAAGACCCUGAACCUCUUCUAUCUGCUCAUGGAGAUCCACAUGCCGAAAGUGGUGCUGUUCUUCGCGAUGCUGCUGUGCGUGUACGACAAGUGCGCCCUCUACUUCGGCCUGAUCGUCAUGAUCUCGUGCUCGUUCACCCUAGGCAGGCCGGUGCAGAUGUUCACCAUUUACUCGAGCUCGAUACUGGUGUCGCUGUUCCUGCUGUCGCGCAUGCUGUACCAGAUCAAAUACAUCGACCCGGGAAUCUGGAACGUCACGUGUACAGAAAACGUCACCGGACGAAACGCCAACAACCUGCCCUGGUUGGGUUUCGACAAGGUCGACGAAGUCGACCGCUCCAUACCGAGCCUGGUGAAAUGGAACAUCAUUUACAUUUUGGUCGUGACCAUCUAUUCGGUGGUGUUGAUCCGCCAGUUUUACUAUAGAAGAUCGAUGAACCGGCCCACGUCGCGGGCGUUCUUCAUGUUCCCAAGGAUAACCAAGGCGGACGCCGACAAGAACCUGAGCAAUAUGUUCAAGUACCUGGCGAACUACACGUUUUUCAGAUUCGGCAUCGAGAUUACGUUCAUCGCAACCGUAGCGGUGACCAGCAUCCGAAUGGACAUGUACGCCGUUUUCUAUUGCGUAUGGCUGAUCUUCCUCUAUUCGCUGAAGAGGCGCACCAUGGCGAGGGUGUGGGUGUUUUUCGUGUUGUUCGUGGCUAUCCUGCUCCCUGUGCAGUAUUUCAUGGCGGUCGCGUUGCCGCCGACCCUUUGCAUAGAUUACCCGUGGAAUAGCGACCCGUACUGGCUGCGCCUGCAAGAGUGGAUGUUUCUGAUGAAUGACGUGCAUCCUCCGAGUCCCGUCAAACUCAUCGGCGACUUCUUCCUUUUGCUGUUCGCGUCGCGCCAAUGGGUCGUGUUCCGCAUAGAGAGGCGGUACUCGGGUCGCAACUACGCAGGCGGCAGCAACGAGGGCGUCGCCCAUCUCAUUGAGGAGCCCGACUUUGAAAACCCCCUACCCGACUUUAUCACCUACGCCAGGUCGUACCUCGACAUCGCCAAACGUUGCGUGUUCUGCAGCAUGUUCUACAUCUCGCUGGCGGUGGUCUUCUUGGCCGGUACCAACCGUACCAACUUGUUCUCGGUGGGCUACCUGAUCGGGGCCUUCCUCUUCCUGUGGGAGGGUUCCGACCUUUACCUGCGUCCGAUACCUGACAUCGUGAAAAAAUGGAACUGGCUGCUGGGUUACAACGUGGUCGUCAUAUUUCUCAAAACUUGUUUUCAACUGGUCGGCUGCGUGCUGGUGUUGGGCUACAACGGCGAAUGCUACUGGAUGCUGCUGUUCGGCAUAGGGUGCGUGCGUAAAUUUGGCAACGUCGAGGACAGUGCCGACAUACCGAUCGACAACACGUGCAAGGUGCCCAAGGAGUAUUUGGGCUUGUUCUGGGACAGCCUGUGCUUCACGUUGCUCAUCAUGCAGAAGCGACUGUUCCAGAGCUACAACUUUUUCCAUAUCGUCAACGACGCGAAGGCCACCACCAUUUUGGCCUCUCGAGGCGCCGAGCUGAUCGAGGAGAUGCGGAUCAAACGGAUGAACGAGCAGGUGGAGGAGGAGAGGCGUAUCUUGGAGAAAAUCAAGAUUAAAAUGGACCGGAUCAAGGCGACGCAGCAGAAGAUCGAAGCGAAACCUCCCUUGGCCCGAAACUCUUCAGCAUCGACGUGCUCGUCGGUCGCGUCUCAAGAGACGAACCCGCCAGGCUACCACACCCCCAUUGAAGAGGAAGACGAGGAAGGUCCGCCUCCGACACUCCUGUCGUCCACGCAGCCGCAGGGACCGCCCUCUCCUUACUCCGCGGUAAUGACAGUCUCCCUCGAGGGAUACCUCGAACCCCAGCGGAUCUCUUUCUCAUCGCCCCCCAUGUCGGAACUGAACCCUCGCGUGCCCUCGCCCGACGAGAGUUUCCCCAUUUUCUCGCCGCCCUACAAUGAGGUGCCCCCCUAUGAGGAGGCGGCUACCCGCGGACCAGUUCAAAGGCAGACGAGCCUGGGACCUCCAUGGAUGCAGGGCAGCCUGAUCACGCCCAGGCAGAGCAUCAUCUCUUACUCCUCGCGCUCCCAUUUCAGCCACUACGAAUAUUCGGUUAUAGAACGUAGACCUAGGUAUAGAAGGAGGCAACCGAAAACUUUCAAAGAGGCAAUUCGCUCCGGCGAUUAUUAUAUGUUCGACGACGUCGACGACGACGAACUCGACUUGCUGCCUGAGGAAAAACAGGACGAAGACGAGGUCGACGAUAUGCCCACGAUGGGAGAGUUUCUGAACGCCGCCAUUAAAACCGAUGUGGCAACGGUGUUGAGGGAACGUCGCAAAAGCAUGAAACGAAGGUCGAGCGUGCCCUUGGCCCGGAAAAAGUCCGCCAGAUCGACCAUGUCCGCCCCCUUGUCUGCCCCGCCCGCCGUGGAGGAACAGACGUCGAAGAGUGUCACGAUUAAGGAGGAUCCUCAGCCGAGUACCAGCAAAGACGACGACAUUAGCGACAUAUCAGAGUCUGAAGAACCGACCAUCUUCCAAAAACUGGCCAACUGGACUAUAUUCCUAUGGGCAUUCGUCGAAAGCGGCAUGGUCAGCCUGACGCGGAUACUGAACGGAUAUUCGAGAGAUUUUAGAUUUGUGCUGCGAACGUUGGGUGUGGAACGCAGAUCGCUGAAAGAAAACACCAGCUACGAUGUGGGGAUACGGAGCGGAUCGAAGAGGUUAUGGCAACCGGCCGGCUCCUUUCACGAUCUCAUUCGUUACACGACGCGAAAGGAGAGUAUACUUGAUGUUCCGGAAAUUCGUAUUUUGGGCGCCAGUUUGGAAAGGGGCCUCGAGUCGCCAUAUUCUUUCAGGAAGUCCACAGCGACGGACGACGAGUACGAAGAAAUGUCCUCCGACGGCCAACCCCCGACGGUCAAAUUGAUCCUGGCCGUUUGGUACGUGAUCAUGAGCCGAUCCGAAUGGCUGUGCUACUUCGCCGUGUUUCUCAACCAAGCCAAAAGGGCGACGCUGCUAUCUCUGCCGCUGCCGCUGAUGGUGUUCUUCUGGGGCUCGCUGACCAUACCGAGGCCGUCGAAAACGUUCUGGGUGACGAUCAUCGCGUACACCGAGGUGAUCGUUUUGAUCAAGUGCCUUUUUCAAAUGGACGUCAUACCGUGGAACGAGGACAUAUACGGAAACAAUCCAUUUUUCGCCCCCAACAUCAUCGGCAUUCAGAAGAGGAAAAGUUACGCCAACUGGGACCUGGUUUUGUUGUUGGCCGUGUUUUUCCAUAGAAUGAUGCUCAAAUCUAUGGGCAUCUGGAAGUCGUCCACGGACCCGCAACCUGCGGCCUUUAUCGCGGAGAGUGAUUACACGGAUGGCGACUACAAGUACGAGGACGGACAAUUGGUGCCCGCAGAUUCGGUUAUCGACGGGAAUGUCCCGAUCGGGAGCAGUUCGCCGGAAAAUAGCAAAAUCGUCGAACCCAAAUACGGUAAACAGAGAAGUCAAGCAGAGUCGGAUCAGAACGUCUCGGUGGUCAGCGUCGAAGUGAAUUUGUACGAUCACAUCCCCGAGUCGAUAAAAUUGGGAGCCGCCAAAUAUAUCGAGUCGCUUCGGUAUUUUUUCGCGCAGCUUCUCGAUCCGACCGCCCGCGUCGCUGCCGACGUCUACUCUUUCAUGUUUCUCUGCGAUUUCAUCAACUUUUUCGUCUUGCUGAUCGGCUACUCUUCGUUCGGGACCCAAGCUGCAAGCGACGGCGGCUUCAAGGCGUACCUCGAAGAGAACCGGGUACCGCCGAUGUUCCUCUUCAUGCUCAUCCUGCAGUUCAUGCUGAUCAUCAUAGACCGGGGCAUUUACCUGCGCAGGAACAUCCUCGGCAAGCUCGUCUUCCAGUUCAUACAGUCUAUCCUGCUGCACAUUUGGCUGUUCAUCCUGUUUCCGAUCAUCACCGAGAAGGAAUUCAAGACAGUGAUACCGCCGCAGGUGUACUACAUCGUCAAGUGCAUCUAUUUCCUGCUGUCCGCUUACCAGAUACGGUGCGGAUAUCCGUCGAGGAUCCUGGGCAACUGUCUCUGCAAGGGCUACAGUAUGGUCAACAUGUUCCUGUUCAAGGGCUUCAUGCUGGUGCCGUUCCUGUUCGAGCUGCGCAGCGUUAUGGACUGGAUGUGGACCGAGACCUCGAUGGGCGUGUUUGACUGGUUGAAAAUGGAGGAUAUAUUCUCGCACAUAUUCCUGCUGAAGUGCUCGAGGAACAUGGAGGACGAGUACCCGCAACCCAGGGGCACCAAAAAGGGGUUCCUGGUCAAGUACGCUAUGGGCGGGGCGCUCCUGAUAGGCAUCAUCGGCAUCAUUUGGUUCCCGUUGGUGUUCUUUUCGCUGGGCAAGGCGGUCGGCGAAAGUAACCCCCCAUAUGAUAUCACAUUGGAGUUGAGGAUCGGACCUUACGACCCUGUGUACCAGAUGUCAGCCCAAAGCAACGCUCUGUUUCAAUUUAGCGACGCCGAUUAUCAAAACCUCUUGCACGUAUUCAAAGAUUCGAAACGUUCCGAACAGAUCUUCUCCAAUUACGAUCCGGGCGAUAUCGCUGCCGCCAAGUUCAGCCGGGAUUCCGCGAAAAUCUGGAGCAUUUCGCCCCCGGACCGCGACAAGAUGAUCCAGGAAGUGAAUUCGACGAAAACGAUCAAGGUGCGGCUGGAUUAUCGCGUGUCGCACAAGACGAGCAGCUCCACCGACUCCGGGAUCAUAUCGAACAACGUGGAGAUCGAACUAGCCCCCGGCACGCCCACCGAGCCCAACCCUGACCGGGUGAACCUGCUGAGGAUGUUGCGCAAUGCGGCCGCCGAACCGAUCAGCCUCGAACGUAUCCUGCCGAAGUUCCUGAAAAUCACCAACACCGGAGUGGCGGAGCCAUACACCGGCAUACUGGGCAGCUCGAAUCCGGAAGUGGAGGCGUCACCGCAGGCCAACUUCCGCAACAUAACUUUGAUCCUGCUGCGGCCGAACAACACCCCCAUAGUGGACAAGGAGUGGUGGCAGGUGAAGGAGGAGUGCAACGACACGGACUACAAGCAUUACCUCAGGGAUUUGGCGUAUUCCGAUUGCGAUUCGCUGGUCAUUUACACGCUGAACGACAAGAUUUUCCCGCAGACCUUGAACAUCAUCACCGGCGGCGGAAUUAUCGGCCUAUACACUACCUUGGUGCUGGUCGCCUCGCGUAUACUUAGGGGCGUGUUCGCUGAGCAGGUGGCCAAGAUCAUGUUCGAAGACCUUCCCAACGUGGACCGUGUGCUCCAGCUCUGCCUGGACGUUUACCUGGUGCGGGAAGCAAGGGAGUUCGCCCUCGAGGAAGACCUCUUCGCCAAAUUGAUAUUCCUGUUCCGGUCGCCAGAAACCAUGAUCAAAUGGAGCAGACCGAAGGAGGAGCUGGAGGACGAGGACGAUCCAGAAGCGAGUUAGGGGCAAAAAGGGGGGCGAUUUCGACUUUAAAACCAGAAAAAAAUACCGCUGACGCGGCGCAAGAUGGCGGGAAACUGAUCUGAUGGAAAGUUUUCGAAUUUUUACAUAUUUCACGGGAUUAAUGGGAUCUGGUCUUGGGUUUAUCUCCGACCGCGGGUAUUUAAGUUCUAACGGCCAGUUUUUUUUAAUGGUAUCUUUGGUAUACGCACAAUUUUAGGAAGUAAAAUUAUUAACGCUUCGUACGUAUUUUUUUUUUCUUAUAAAUCAUAUACGUAAAUUUUAUAUUUUAAUACGCGCGCCUUUAUCGAUUGUGUUUUUUCUUUUGUUUGAAUGUUAUGUUUUCGCGAAAUAAACUUAAA